AUGUCAGGACAUUUCCGAGGCUCCGAGGCCGCCCAGGCCUUCCCAAAACAGCCCCAGUUUUCGGGGUUCAUGAAGCCAUGCCGCUUCGAAGGCGAGAUCCAACAUCUUGAGGUUGAGGGUGACUUGCCCAAAGAGCUUGAUGGAACUUUCUACCGUGUCAUGCCCGACCCCCAAUUCCCACCCUUUAUUGAGAAUGAUCCUUGGUUCAAUGGGGAUGGCAACAUCAGUGCUUUUCGGUUCAGCAAGGGCAGCGUCCAUCUCCAGCAAAAGUACGUGCGCACCGAAAAGUUCACCAGGGAAAGGGAGGCCAAGAGAGCUCUUGCGGGGGCGUAUCGGAACAAGUAUACGGAUGCUGUCGAGUUCAAGAUCCGCACGACUGCCAACACAAACAUCGUAUACUUUAACAAGAUGUUGUUGGCUAUUAAGGAAGACGCAGCUCCCUGGGCCAUGGAUCCCGCCACGCUCGAUACGAUUGGCCUCUGGGAUUUCAACGGCCAACUUCCCAGUCUCACCUUCACUGCUCACCCAAAGCUGGAUCCCGUCACAAAGGAGCUGGUUUGCUUCGGAUACGAGGCCAAGGGCGAUGGGACGCCGGACAUAUGUUAUUACAACAUUAGCCCAAGUGGGAAGUUUACGCAAGUUGUCUGGCUCGUAUCGCCCGUGGUGGGGAUGAUUCACGAUUUCGCAGUGACUGAAAACUGGGUUCUGUUUCCAAUGAUCCCUCAAUUAUGUGACAUUGAGAGGCUUAAGCAAGGGGGAGAGCACUGGCAGUGGGACCCGGAAGUCCCCUUUUACUUGGGCGUCCUGCCGCGCAGAGGGGCCAAAGGCGAUGAUAUUAAGUGGUUCAAGGCUCCAAAUGCUUUCCCGGGCCACACCACAAAUGCAUACGAAACGCCCGAGGGCAACAUCGUUUUCGACCUCCCCUUGACUGACAAAAACGUAUUUUUCUGGUGGCCUGACGCCAACGGGAACGCCCCAGAGCCCCACGAUAUCCAAGCCAAGUAUGUGCGGUUCACGCUCGACCCUAAAUCAUCCAACCUCGAGCUGCCCCCCCACGAGAUCAUCGCCGAGUGCGAUAUGGAGUUUCCCCGGAUCGACGACCGCAUGUCCAUGAAGCGUCACAGGCAUAGCUUCUUCGACAUGAUGGAUCCUACCCGGGGCACAGACUUUGCCGCCAUCAUGCCUGUGCUCGGCGGCGGGCACCCCUUGUACAACUCCCUGGGCCAUCUUGACCACCACACCGGCCAGCUUGAGGUGUACUUCCCUGGGAAGACGCACAUGGUCCAGGAGCCUGUGUUUGUUCCGCGAUCGGAUGCUGCGCCGGAGGGUGACGGCUUCCUGAUCGUGCUGGUGAGUAACUAUGCUACCAUGUCGAGCGAACUGCACAUUGUAGACACCAGAGACUUCUCCACCGCGAGGGCAAUUGUCCAUUUGAAUAUUCGACUAAGGGCAGGGUUGCAUGGGAAUUGGGUUGAUUCGAGGGAUCUGGAGGAUCAAGAGAGCUUACCGCAAGCCGGUUCUACUUAA